AUGAGCUCCUCACGUCAGGUCUACCUGCUUCCCUUGAAGGACGAUGGAUCUCCAGAUGUGCCUGGUGGGUACAUCUACCUGCCUCCUCCACCAAAGGGUGGAUAUGUGCUCCGUUUCAUCAUCGAGGGUACGAGCUCGAUCUGUCGACAGGGUACCCUCUGGGUGAACAUUCCUGAAGAGGGCAAGCCAUUCGAGCGCUAUUCUUUCCGGGAGUUCAAAUUGCAACCCAAUUUCAAUGAGAACAUCCAGAUCGAUAUUCCUGUGGCUUUUGCCGGUGCAUUCGCGUUCUACACAACAUUCACUCCGCUACCGGAAUUUUCUGUGGAGGAUGUGCCUUGUCCAGAGCCGACUGAGACUCCCGUGCAUUACAUUGAUGUGUCGCCAAAACUCACUCUUCAAGGAAAGGAUUUGCCGCUCAACGCGCUGUCCAUCUUCUCAGUGAUCUCAAAGUUUAUGGGUCAAUACCCUACAGACUGGGAUAGACACCUUCGAGGCAUUGGUGAACGGAACUAUAACAUGGUUCAUUUCACACCCCUAAUGGAGCGCGGAUCCUCGAAUUCCCCGUACAGCAUUUUCGAUCAGUUAGCCUUUGAUAGUGCUUUCUUCCCCAACGGGGAGGAUGAUGUCGCUGCACUAGUCGCGAAAAUGGAGAAGGAGUAUGGACUCCUCACUCUGACUGAUGUAGUCUGGAAUCACACUGCCAAUAACAGCAAGUGGCUUGAGGAGCAUCCAGAGUCUGGAUACAGCGUGGAGACUGCACCGUGGUUGGAAGCAGCCCUCGAGUUGGACACUGCGCUGUUGAAAUUUGGAGACGAUCUCCAAGAACUCGGUCUUCCUACAGACUUUAAAUCAGAGGAUGAUCUGGUAAAAGUCAUGAACGUUGCGCGAAAGCAAGUCAUUGAUGGUAUUCGCUUGUGGGAAUUCUACGUGCUCGACGUAAAGAAUGAUACCAAGCGUAUUUUGGAUGAAUGGAAGCGCGGAAAGAUUGAUCAUUCACUCCUUGAACGCCAUGAUAUGCAUCAGUUUAAGGGUUGGUCUCUUAAGCAGCAAGCCAACGUCACGCGUGAAUGCGGUAUACCUGAUGUUAAACAAGUUCUUGGACGGUUCGGUCGUGCCAUUGAUCCCAAAUUCGGCGCUGUCGCUUUGACUGUGCUUUUCGGGGAUUACGACGAAGCAAACACCAACUUUUCUGAGGCCGAAGAUACCUUAUCCAAGCUCCUUGAUGAAGCCAACGCGCCUCUCUACGCAGAAUAUGAUGGAGACGUCGCUGAGAUUAUGGAUCAAUUGUUUAAUCGUGUCAAGUAUCUCAGAGUUGAGGACCACGGUCCCAAGAUGGGCCCCGUCACCAAAGAGAACCCUCUAUUCGAGACCUACUUCACACGUCUUCCGGUCAACGAAGUCACGAAAAAGCACAACCCCAAGGCCCUUGCAUUGGUAAACAACGGUUGGAUUUGGAAUGCCGAUGCCAUGCGAGACAACGCUGGCCCUGAUUCUAGGGCAUACCUGCGCCGCGAGGUGAUCGUAUGGGGCGACUGUGUGAAGCUUCGAUAUGGAUCCUCCCCUGAAGACAGCCCUUUCCUUUGGGACUUCAUGACCCGAUACACCCGCCUUAUGGCCAAGUACUUCUCUGGCUUCCGGAUUGACAACUGUCAUUCGACCCCACUUGCGGUUGCAGAAUACCUGCUUGAUGAAGCACGCAAAGUUCGACCUGAUCUUACUGUCUUUGCAGAGCUCUUCACGGGCUCAGAAGAUGCUGACUAUGUCUUCGUCAAGCGACUGGGUAUCAAUGCUUUGAUUCGGGAAGCUAUGCAAGCCUGGAGCACCGAAGAGUUGAGUCGUCUCGUUCAUCGUCACGGUGGUCGUCCAAUCGGCAGCUUCGAAGUAAAUCUCCCUUCGGCUGGCAGUAGCCACGCAAUUGCUUCCGCCAAGUCUGGCAAGUCAGAUGAAGAGAUCACGCACAUUCGGCCAUGCCCUGUUCCGGCCCUUUUCAUGGACUGUACCCACGACAAUGAAGUGCCUGCACAGAAGCGCGAUGCUAGAGAUACUCUGCCAAACGCUGCAUUGGUCGCAAUGUGCGCGUCGGCCACAGGAAGUGUGAUGGGUUACGACGAGAUCUACCCUAAACUGAUUGAUCUUGUUCACGAAACUAGACAAUAUGCAUCGCAGUCCUCGGACAUUCAGAGCCUACCAACUGGUUCUGGAGAGGGUGGGAUCGGUGGAGUCAAGAAGCUCUUGAAUGAACUCCACACCAUGAUGGGAGUAGAAGGCUAUGAUGAGACCCACAUUCAUCAUGACGGUGAAUUCAUUACGGUUCACAGAGUCCACCCCAAAACCAGGAAGGGUAUCUUCUUGAUCGCGCAUACUGCCUUCCCAGGUAACGAGAGCGGCGCAAUCCUGCCCCCAACUCAUAUCGCUGGCACCAACGCCAAAUUCAUUGGCUCCUGGCAACUUGAGGUCGAUGCUGGAGAGGAAGCAAAGGCAAAGGUCCUGGCCGAUGACAAGCUCUUGGCAGGUCUUCCCAGUCGUACACGCGAUAUCGAAAGUACCAAGAUCGAACAGAAGGGCCAGGAUGUCACUAUCUCCGUUCUCGAUACCCUUGUUCCUGGUUCUAUUGCUCUAUUUGAGACCUCGAUCCCUGGUGCUGAUCACGCAGAUGGAUUUGAGAACAAUCUCACCAACGGCGCAGAUGAAGCAUUCUCUGAGCUCAGCUUGGUCGAUUUGAACUUUGCGCUGUAUCGCUGCGAUGCGGAAGAGAGAGACUCAAGCGAUGGCCAAGAUGGCGUAUACAGUAUCCCUAAUCAUGGAGCGCUUGUAUAUGCUGGACUUCAAGGUUGGUGGAGUGUUUUGGAAGACAUCAUCAAAUACAAUCAGCUCGGCCAUUCACUCUGUGACCACCUGCGACAGGGCCAGUGGGCUUCAGAUUACAUCAUUGGGCGUCUUGAAAAGGCAGCUUCCAAGGAAGGAUACAAUGCUCUGCAGAAGCCGGCUUCAUGGCUGCAUGAAAAGUUUGAUGCUGUUCGCGAGCUGCCAAACUUCCUCUUCCCGAGAUACUUUGCCAUCAUUAUCCAGGUCGCUUACAAUGCUGCUUGGAAGCGUGGUAUUCAUCUGCUUGGCGAUAAUGUGCGCCACGGCCAGGAGUUUAUUCACCAAUUGGCAAUGGUCAGCAUCCAGCAGACGGGCUACGUCAAGUCUGCUUCAUUGUGGCCCACCAAGCAGGUCCCUAGUCUUGCCGCUGGCUUGCCUCACUUUGCAGUCGACUGGGCGAGAUGCUGGGGUCGUGAUAUCUUCAUCUCUAUCCGAGGCCUCUUCCUUGUCACCGGUCGCUUCGACGAUGCUAAGCAGCACAUCAUUGCUUUUGCCAGUGUUCUCAAGCAUGGCAUGAUCCCUAACCUGCUUAGCAGUGGCAAGCUACCAAGAUACAACUCCCGUGACUCGGUCUGGUUCUUCUUGCAAGCAAUUCAGGACUUUACUGAAAUGGCACCCAACGGAAUUGAUAUCUUGCAAGAGAAGGUCCCGAGGCGUUUCUUGCCUUACGAUGACACAUGGUUCCCCUUUGAUGACCCUCGGGCAUACUCUCAGUCUCCAACCGUUAUUGAAGUCAUUCAGGAAGUGUUCCAAAGACAUGCUCACGGUAUGUCCUUCAGAGAGUACAACGCUGGUUCGGACUUGGACGUUCAAAUGAAGCCUGAGGGUUUCCAGAUUGAUAUCAAGGUUGACUGGGAUACUGGUAUCAUUUUCGGUGGCAACCAAGACAACUGUGGUACCUGGCAAGACAAGAUGGGUGAAAGCUCCAAGGCUGGCAACAAGGGUGUUCCCGGUACACCCCGUGAUGGCGCUGCUAUCGAGAUCACUGGUCUUGCCUAUAGCGCCCUGGCGUGGGUAGCUCGUCUUCACAAAUCCAAGGUCUACCCUCACGAAGGCGUGGAAAUUGCUGAUGGCAAGAAGAUUACUUUCGCUGAAUGGGCCGGCAAAAUCAAGGACAACUUUGAGCGAUGCUAUUUCGUACCCGUCGACCCCAGUGAGGACAGCCAGUAUGAUGUGGACCCUAAGAUCAUCAACCGCCGUGGAAUCUACAAGGAUCUCUACAAGUCCGGAAAGCCAUACGAAGACUAUCAACUGCGUGCCAACUUCCCCAUUGCCAUGUCGGUUGCCCCAGACCUCUUCACGCCUACCAAGGCUCUCGUUGCUCUGUCCAUUGCCGACUCCGCCAUUGUGGGUCCUGUGGGCAUGGCCACUCUGGACCCAUCCGAUCUCAACUAUCGCCCAUACUAUGUCAACUCCGAUGAUUCGACUGACUUCGCGACUGCAAAGGGGCGUAACUACCACCAAGGGCCAGAAUGGGUCUGGCAACGUGGUUAUUACCUGCGUGCCUUGCUGCAUUUCGAUCUCCUCCGCCGAAAAACACCCGAGGAACGAACGGAAUGCUUCCAACAAGUCACUCGCCGUCUUGAUGGUUGCAAGAAGGCUAUGCGAGAGAGUCCUUGGAGGGGUUUGACAGAGUUGUCCAACAAGGGUGGAGAGCAUUGCGAUGACUCGUCGCCCACUCAAUCCUGGUCUGCUGGAUGUCUGCUGGAUGUCUAUUAUGAUGCAUCCAAGCAUUCGUAG